AUGGAGCAGAUUGAUGAUAGCGGUAUGAAUAAUGACUAUGAUGAUAAUGCUGACGAUAACGACAUUAAUAGUGGUGAUGUCCUUUACAAAGAUGAAUCAAUAAUAAUUAAUUCACCAACCUCAACAAAGAAACGAGUAAUGAUUAAAGAAGAACUGUCUUCAUCUAAUAUCAAGAACAAUAAUAAAAAAACCUCAAAAAGGUUAUCGAAAUUAUCACAGCAAGUUUCAAUACCAACGCAUGAAAAUGACGGGCUUAUGAGCACUCUUGAUAAAUUCUUUUUCUUUUUUGGCAUAUCAAUAGCUUUCUUUCUUGCUGUGUUGGAUAUAAAUGUGGUGGCUAUGCAAGUACCAAUAAUAGUUGGUGAAUUUCAUUCAGCUCAGGAUAUUGCUUGGCUUGUCACCUCUUAUAAUUUAGGAUGCAUGAUUCUACAACCACUCUGCCCCAAACUUUCCUACAUCUUUGGAAAAAAAUGGGUUUUGUUAUCGGCGAUUUUCUGUUUCGGGAUUGGUUCAAUACUUUGUGGUGCAUCUCAAAACAUAUUAUGGUUGAUAAUAAGUAGGGGAUUUUCCGGUCUAGGCGGUGGCAUCAUAACUUGUAUGACCUUUCUUACUAUACAAGAUGUUUUCUCGGUAACCCGUCAACGAUUAUUAUUUAAUGCACUAUUAAAUGGCGUAUCUUCAAUUGCAACGGCGUCGGGUCCUUUUAUUGGCGGACUUUUUGCGGACUAUUUAUCGUGGCGUUGGACAUUUUAUAUGAAUGCACCAUUGUGUGCUGUCUCGAUAUUGAUCCUGUGCUUCAUCUGGAGAUCAGACACGAAUAAUAAUGAUAACAUAUCGUCAAGACAAUCUUCGACAUUUGGUAAAUUAAAAUCUGUUGAUUGGAUAGGAACAUUUUUAUUAUUCACGGGACUUUUGCUUAUUCUUUUAUCAACCGGAUUUGGCGGCACGAACGACAACUACGACUGGAUAAGCGUACCAAUCAUAACCAUAUUUAGUGUCGGAAUAUGUGUAAUGAUAAUAUUCGUGAUACACGAGGUAAAAUUCGCGGUUGACCCUAUAAUUCCCACUGUAUUCUUCGAAAACUACGGAUUACGAGCGAUAUUCGGUACCUUUUUCUUCCUAGGCUGGGUGCAAAUAGUAAUCACUUACUACAUCCCGAUCUUCUAUCAGUAUGUCCGUGGGAAAUCGGCAACUGGCACAGCGAUCGCGUUCGUGCCGUAUAUUAGCGGAGUGGUGGGGAUGUCAUGGUUGAGUUGUGUCGUUGUGUCGCGACGGCGAUUGUUUCGUUGGUUUGUUGUGUUGGGGUAUGUGCUUCUUAUUGUGGGUGUUGCGUUGCAAUCUACCUUUGAUUUACCGACUGAUAAUGCGAGAGAGAUUGUCGGACUGUUAUUCGCCGGUAUGGGUGUUGAUCCUUUGGAAAUGAUCACAGCUCUCGGAAACUUUUUCAAGAGCGCCGGUCUCGUAUUCGGAAUGUCGAUAUCCGGCGCAUUGUUCAACAAUAUGAUAUCAUCCGAGAUCUCGUCGUUCAUUGACGACUCAACUGACAACCAAAUAAAUAGCGUGAACACUGCGUUGUUAAAACCUACUUUUAUCUUUUCCGAAUUUUACCCUGAUACACUAUUAUUCGUUCGUAGUGCGGUGCAAGAUGGUGUUUCCCAAAAUUUUACUAUUUCUUUAGUUAUGGCUGCUCUUGGAUUGAAAGAGCCAAUUUAUCUAAUAUUUCCUUCUUUAUUCAAUUAUGCUUUAGAAAUUUCUACGAGUCCCCAAAGUGGAGGCGGCAAAUUAUCACAAGCUAACAGCGUAAUCCGAAAAAAAUUACAAGGAUACGUUGGUUUCGCUAAUCUUCCAAACCAAGUUCACCGGAAAUCCGUGAAAAAAGGGUUCCACUUUACGGUGAUGAUUGUUGGUGAAUCUGGUCUCGGUAAAUCAACCCUUGUCAAUACUUUAUUUGGCACCACAUUAUAUCCUAAUAAAGCAAAUGCGCCACCAACGGACGAGUCACCGAAAACAGUAGAAAUCCAAUCGCUGAGCGCAGAUAUCGAAGAAAAUGGUGUCAAGCUAAGACUCACGGUUGUUGACACUCCUGGAUUUGGUGAUUUUGUUAAUAAUGAGGAAAGUUGGAAACCUAUACUCGAUAACAUCGAAGCACGUUUCGAUGCAUACCUCGAACAAGAAAAUCGCGUUAAUCGUCGCAAGAUGGUUGAUAAUCGAGUUCACGCAUGUAUCUACUUUAUUGCACCCACUGGUCAUUCGCUCAAACCUUUGGAUGUCGAAUUCAUGCGACGACUACACACCAAAGUCAAUCUUAUCCCUGUGAUCGCUAAAUCCGAUACAUUGACCGAGGAUGAGAUUAAAGAAUUCAAACAACGAAUUCUGGAUGAUAUUGCUUUCCAUAAAAUUCAAAUCUACCAGGCACCACAAUAUGAAUACGAUGACCCUGAGACAGUGUCUGAAAAUCGCGAAAUAAUGAGCAAAAUCCCGUUUGCUAUUGUUGGUAGCGAUAAAGAAGUUGAACUUCCCGACGGCCGUAAAGUCCGUGGUCGUAAAUACCCAUGGGGUGUAAUUGAGGUUGAUAAUCCAGAGCAUAAUGACUUUGUAAAACUUCGUCAAAUGCUUAUUCGAACUCACAUGGAAGAACUCAAAGAGUACACCAACGACGUUCUGUACGAGAACUACCGUUCCGAGAAGCUAGUCUCGAUGGGUGUCCAACAAGACCAAACCGUUUUCAAGGAAGUGAACCCACUCGCCAAGAUGGAAGAAGAGCGUCAACUACACGAGGCGAAAUUACAAAAAAUGGAAGCAGAAAUGAAGAUGGUGUUCCAACAAAAAGUACAAGAAAAGGAAGCCAAAUUGAAACAAUCGGAAGAAGAAUUAUAUGCGCGUCAUAAGGAAAUGAAGGAUGCUUUAGAGAAACAAAGAAUGGAAUUGGAGGAAAAGAAGAGGCGAUUGGAGUCUGGUAGACCAAUUACCCCUGAGAAAGCUAAAAAGAAGGGGUUUUCGUUUAAUAAAUAA